AUGUCGUCCAUUGCCGUGUACGGCCUGGAGGUCCCUCCUCUAAACAUGCUCAUUCCCUCGACCGGGGAGGAUAGCAUUCCCAAUGCUGCUUACCGCAUCACCAUGGCCGCCAUCGACCCUACCGAGGCUCCUCAGGCUGACGAGGAUGGCAACAUCCCCAACAAGCCUCGUGCUACCCUGAAGCUCAUCCGCCAGAAGUUCGCCGACCUCGAUGAGGAGAUGGACAACGAGUACCUCGAUGCUCUCAUGGGUGGAUCCGAUGAUGAUGAGGAGGACAGCGAUGAUGAGGAGGCUAACGGCGGCCCCAGCGACCCUUCCAAGUCCAAGAAGGCAAAGGCCGAGGCUGCUCUCCAGAAGCUUAUUCAAGCUGCCCAGGAGGAGGAGGAGGAGUCCGAUGAUGAGAUGGCUGAUGCUGAUGCCAAGGUCAACGGCAAGAAGGGCAAGAAGGCCGCCAAGGGCAAGGAGCCUGCCACCUCGAGCGACGAUGACGAGGAGGACAGUGACGAUGACGAUGAGGGUUACGACAUGGAGGAGUUCGUUAUCUGCACCCUCGAUACUGAGCGCAACUACCAGCAGCCCAUUGACAUCACCAUUGGACCCAAGGAGAGGGUCUUCUUCCGUGUCGUUGGUACUCACGCCAUUCACUUGACCGGCAACUACAUUGUCGAGGAUAUUGAUGACGAGGAUGAUGAGGAUGAGGAAGAUUACGAUGACUUCCCCAACGAGCUCGAGGAGAUGUACGGUGAAGGCUCCGACUCGGAAGAGGACGAGCUUGACGGUCUCGACGACCCUCGCAUCACUGAGGUCGACUCUGAAGAGGAGGCUCCCAAGCUGGCCCAGACCAAGAAGGGCAAGAACAAGCGCGCUGCCGAGGAGGAGGCCGAGAGCCUCGACGCCAUGAUUGCCAAGGCCGAUGCCGCCGAGGACAAGAACAGCAAGAAGCAGCAGAAGAAGCUGAAGAACAACAAGGGAGAGGCCGUCGAGACCAAGGCCAAGGAGAGCCCCAAGGACGCCAAAAAGGUUCAGUUCGCCAAGAACCUCGAGCAAGGCCCGACUGGACCCGCAGCUAACGCCGAGAAGGGAGCCACUCCUGGUGUCAAGGUCGUUCAGGGCGUCACCAUCGACGACCGCAAGAUUGGCAAGGGCCGUCCUGCCAAGAACGGAAACAAGGUUGGCGUCCGAUACAUUGGCAAGCUCCAGGAUGGCAAGGUCUUUGACUCCAACAAGAAGGGCAAGCCUUUCACUUUCGGCCUCGGCAAGGGCGAGGUCAUCAAGGGAUGGGAGAUCGGUCUGGAGGGUAUGCAAGUCGGUGGAGAGCGCCGCAUCACCAUUCCUCCCAAGCUGGCCUACGGCAGCAGAUCUCAGCCCGGCAUUCCUGGCAACUCCACCCUGGUGUUCGACAUCAAGCUGCUGGAGAUCAAGUAA